GGAAUUUUAGGAUUAACGGGAAUGAAUAGUGGUAGUAGGCGUGAGGGAUUCCGACUACCUACCUCAGAUGUAGAUUUGAUGGUUUGGCCUACAGAUUUUAAAGUUAUCUGUGAUAUCUCUCAGAAAGGUAUUUACCAUAUCCCAAGGCAUAUUGUUUUUCUUAUGGAAUGUGAUGAUUUACCAUCGGGAUUUGUCAGACUUAAAGUGUUGAGUCCAAUAAAGGAUGCUGACCUUAGACGCGGCUGUUUAGUUAUAAAUAAUACAAUUUAUAUGUCUAGUGCCCUUUUGCGUAAUAUUUGUGUGCGAUGUCUCCAGAAUGCACAUAUACCUCCUAUUUCUAAUUGUAUGUCUCAUGGACCCUCUUGCACAGUUUUCACUGCCAAUGAUGAGGUUAUCAAUAAAGAAACAGACAUUGUGUUUUGUUUGCAGUCACAUCACUGGCCACCUAUAGCACUUCAAUGGGUCCAGAGAAGUCGCGAAAAAGGAUGGCCAUCCGAGAGUCUUGUAUCAGAAAUAUUAAACGGAGGCUUUCAUGUUGUUCCUAUCGGAAGCACACCUGCAGAUGAACUCGAAUGGAGAAUUUCGUUCUCUCGAGCUGAACAAAAAAUUGUUUAUUCAAUGAAUCACUGUCAGUUUUUGUGUUAUGGUCUCUUCAAAAUAUUUCUGAAAGAAGUAAUUAACUUUCAAAAUAAUACGCAUGUCCUUUGUUCAUACUUCAUAAAAACGAGUGUAUUUUGGAUAAUUCAGUCCAAAAUGUCGUUAGCUUGGAUACCUGAAAAUUUGCUGUCUUGUUUCUGGGAAUGCUUCAAACUUUUAAUAUUUUUUGUACAUACUGGAGAAUGUCCCAACUUUUUCAUUCCAGAUAAUAACAUGUUUAGAUUGAAAGUCACUGGUUCUGUGCAAACUUCAUUGUUCAGUCACUUGUAUAAUUUGUAUUGUGAGGGAAUUUCAUGUCUUCUUUUAAGUCCAACAUUCAGCAAUUAUUUAUGUAAAGUCAUUCUAAACAGAACAUUGAGAGUCUGUAUAGAUGAGAGCAGUAUUAUUUCUACCAUUCAAUUAGAUAUAAGCUUAUUGAACGAAUUAUAUUCGUUCACACUUCGGCAAAUAUAUAUUACGGAUUUUGCACUUAAUAUGAAGCGAAUAGAAGAAAUGCUUCGAGGAAGGUUAACAUUGUAUCAGACAGUUUCCUUACAAUGUAUAACAUCACGAUUAUUACGGUGCGCUGCUUUGUUGGUACAGGGUAAUUGUAAUUCAAAUAAUUUUCGAAAUAAGGUUUAUUACAAAUAUAAGAACGCAUCAUUCUUGCUAAAAUUAUCAGCAAAAUUUGGUUUCAUGUCAGACAUUCUGUAUCUAGCUAUGUAUUUUUACAGAACAUUUAGAUAUGAACAAUCUCUAAGGUGUUUACAAAAGGCUCAGGAGAGGAUAUCGGUGUCAUUUAUUUUAAGUGAAUGUCACGUUAAUCCAGACAUGUAUAGACACUGCGUAAUGGGGAUGUCUCUAUUUCAUAAAGUCAGGAAAACUGUGGUAAAAAAUAUUACCUUGGAGAAUUUCUUUACUUACAUUAAUGAGCUAGUAUUAGAACAGAAUAUCAGUGGGAAGAAAGGCCACCUGGCAUUACAAAUCCCUCCCCUAGUGAUGAUACACAUGUUGUUUAUACUGAAUCAUCACAGACUUGGUGACACAGUCAGGUCACAACAAUCUCUACAGGAUCUACAGACUCUGCUUCUCUAUGAUGACGGGAUUUAUGUGCAUCCUUACCUCAGAGAUAUUUCGUGGCAAAUACUGGGAAUCUGUCAACAAAUCUGUGGGGACUGCUUUAGAGCAUUAGAGUCUUAUCAAUAUUCAUUAAAACAAAGACCAUAUCACAAAAUACAUCAAGCUACAAGGCUUAGAAUUAACACCUUGGUUAAUGAAGAAAUAUAGUUUUAGCUAUUCUGUUUCGUUAUGACAGCCAAAAUACGCGUGUACGUUGUUGUUUUUUUGAAAGACAAUGUUUUUACUUUUAGUUUAUUUAUUUAUAUUUUUCCAUUUUCUUUACUUUAAAUUUCCUUCCACAUUUUCGUGUUACAAUAUUUUUUGUUUUUAUAGCCCUUAAAGAAAAUUGUUUUUGUCAAGCAGAACAUGUUUUGAUGGCUGAAAAAAAGACUUUAUUUUUAAAAUGCAACAAUGAUAUUUUCCAAUGAUAGGAAUAGAAUUGAUGCUAGUGGCACUAGUCCAUAUAGCAAUUCUCGUCACUUCAAUUGUAUCUUAAAUAGAUGUCUCUUGAACAUGUUGAUAUAAGAAAUUGAUUCUUGAGAUAUAAAAACUAUGUUUACCUAUCACGUAUCACAUUUAAUUCAGAUUCUGCACUCCAUAGUCAAACGCACUGCGAAAACAUAGGCUGAGUAGAAUAAAUAAAUCAGCCAAAUUCGAAGGAUAUGGCGAUAACGAACAGUCUUCAAUAUAAUGUCCAUAAAACAAUACAGAGUAGGAGCAGAGCAAACACGGACCUUCGACACAUCAGAGGUGAGAUCAGGUGCCAUGGAUGAGGACUAAAUAAUAUUUUUUUUUCUGAAGAGGAUCAUUCGACUAAUAGUAGAUUUUUUUAACAAUGUAAUUAGGAUCAUAAUCUAACGAUUAUGGAAUUAAAAUAUGUUUACUUUAUGUGAUG